GUCGUGCAUUGUCUGCAUUGGGAAAGAAAGAGGACGCUCUUUUGGUCUGGGAGCAAGGUUAUGAAUAUGCUGUUCGUCAGUCUGCAGAUUUGAAGCAACUACUGGAGCUGGAAGAGCUUUUGGCAGCUUCAAAACAACAUAGUAGUACUUUUGAUAAGCAUGCUGUGGAAUUGUCUGGGUCUUCUUUGCCUGCUUCUGGAUCUGUGCCUUUUGUUUCGGGCAAAUCCAGUGGAACCUGUGAUAAUGACAGUAAGUUGAAUGGUACGUGUGAACUGCACACUGAGUCGAGGGAUGCACAGGAGAUCCACGGCAAGUCCAACAAGAGAUCUGGCAUACACAAUGCUUCAAAUGGAAAAGUCAAGGGGAAUAAAAAGUUGGAUAGCCAAGCAAAUGGACCUCGUGACAGGCAACCAAAUGGAACUUAUGACAUUCUAGAUAGAUUGAGCGAUCAGUCCGAAUUAUGUGAUGACUUAUGUGAUGCAACUGAAUCAUACAGCAAAUCUGCUGCAAUUAGUGGUGGCUUAAGUGAACUGUCUGAAAUUUGCAGUAAAUCAAGUGAUCGAUUUGUCAUGCGCAACGAAUUGAGUAAUGAAGGCAAUGGAAGCAAAAAGUUCUGUGUGACAAGGAUUUCAAAGACCAAAUCAAUAAACGUUGACUUUCGAUUAUCAAGGGGAAUUGCACAGUUGGCUGCUGUGGAAGGCGAGAACCUCACGUGGUUGGCGUUCAGAAAAGCAUUUGGAGAUGUUGGGGAUACUAUUCCAAAUGGUUAUGGGGAGGUUGAGGGCACAUUCAGGUGGAUAAGUGACGCUGAUCAGUCCCUUAGUGAUGAUUGGGAGGUAUGGAGACAUCGGCCAUCUGCUUUCACUCGGUGGAGUGGCCAUGGAGUUUUGAUCCAUGUUUUUACUUGCAUGGUUAUGCCUAAUUCAGUGCAGUCUUUAUUAUGGAGCUGGAGAGGAUGUAGAAUUCAAAAGAGAGAUAGAAAGGCUCUGGAUGCUACGCCGUUUUUCCUUAAAUUGAUUGCUUAUGGCUGUGGAUUUCCUUGUCCUGGGUCUAUAAUUGUGAUGAAGGUCAAUGAGGGGAAAUAUGCUCAUGCCAUAUCCAUCUUUGACCAGAUUCUAAAAGAGGAUCCUACUUAUCCUGAGGCACUAAUAGGAAGGGGAACAGCAUAUGCAUUCCAACGAGAACUUGAGGCUGCUAUUGCUGAUUUCACAAAUGCUAUUCAAUCAAAUCCAUCAGCUGGUGAGGCGUGGAAACGGAGAGGGCAGGCCCGAGCGGCCUUGGGGGAAUCUGUUGAGGCAAUUGCUGACUUAACCAAGGCGUUAGAGUUCGAGCCAAACUCAGCCGAUAUAUUGCAUGAAAGAGGAAUAGUUAACUUCAAGUUCAAGGAUUUCAAUGCUUCAGUUGAGGAUCUAUCCAUCUGCGUAAAGCUUGAUCAGUAUAACAAAUCUGCUUACACAUACUUGGGUUUAGCACUAUCUUCAAUUGGCGAGUAUAAAAGGGCUGAAGAGGCGCAUAUGAAAUCAAUUCAAAUUGAUCAAAAAUUCCUAGAGGCAUGGGCUCAUCUAACACAGUUCUAUCAAGAUUUGGCAAAUUCGGGUAAGGCUUUGGAAUGCCUUCAGCAGCUUCUGCAGAUUGAUGGAAGGUUUGCCAAAGCUUAUCAUUUGCGUGGACUACUUCUCCAUGGGAUGGGAGAGCACAGGGCAAUUCUUGCAGUGCCGUUCAUCAGGUUAGACAGCAAAGAGGAGAAUAGCGUGCAGAAACUUUGA